AUGUCAACUUCCGCUGGAUCUGGUAACUUUUGUUCUCUUCCAUUUACAAAUAUUACAAAUUUUGUUUCAAUGAAGUUCGAUGGGUCGAAUUACUUGUUAUGGCGUGAUCAAUUUGAAGGGGUAUUGAUUUCUACAGAUCUUUUUGGAUAUGUAAAUGGUGAAUUAGUUGAACCACCACGUAAUAUAACUGUUAAUGGAGUUGAAACCAUAAAUCAAGAAUGGGUAUCUUGGAGAAAUUUUAGAACUCAGUAUCUUGCCAUAAAAAAUAUGUUAAGAGCUCAAUUACAUGGUAUUAAGAAGGGUAAUCAGUCAGUUGUGGUAUAUCUUCAAAAUAUCAAAACUAUAACUGAUUCUUUUGCUGCAAUUGGUGCAAAAGUUAGUAAUGAAGAUUUAAUGAUGUUUGUUAUGAAUGGGUUGAGUAGUGAUUAUGAUGUAUUUGUCAUAUCCUCACAAAAUAGAGAAACUCCAUAUACUUUUGGAGAGUUAAAAGAAAAAUUACUAUCACAUGAGCAAUUUCUGGAUGAAAGACAGCAUCAACAUCAGAAUGUGUAUGAUGAACAAAAUACUAUUGCUAUGUAUGCAAGAAAUAAUUCAAAUGGGUCUCAUUUGAAUGGAAGAAAUUGA